AUUUGCUUGCUCAAUCCUCUCUGUUGCUUCCAUUUCUACUUUCCGCUGUACAUUACAUAGAUUGUGGAAUUCCUGCGGAUUAUUCUGGAAACUUCAUGACUCUUCCCAUACUGAUAGAGCUCUCCCCUUUCAUGCUCUAAAGGCAACAAAAGCCUUUCCUAACAGCAAACGGCACCGUUUCAUAACCCAUACUCAAACCCGUACCCGAAUCCGAUUACCCUACCUGACAAACCGGCACUGCUAAGAACGCGCCAGAGGAGAAGAAGAACAACCACCGCCGCGCACACCACGAGAAAUCGGAAGACGAUACGUUUGUUACGAAACCGAUCACCAUCUUUUGAAUAACAAGAAGACGCGCCUCCGCCUAGGGUUUCCAGAGAGGAAAAGAAAGAAGAAGCCAUGGAUGACAACCACGACAGCGGUGGCCGGAGCGCCGACAAGGCUCCGGCAGCCGAAGACGAAGGAAGCACAGCUCCCAUUCCCGAGAAGGUACAGGUAGGUGGUUCUCCGUUAUACAGAGUACAGAGAAAACUUGGGAAGGGAGGGUUUGGACAAGUUUACGUUGGUCGGCGCAUCGGAGCCGGUGCCGGAGCCGUAGAGAUAGCUUUAAAGUUUGAGCAUAGAAAGAGUAAGGGGUGUAAUUCUGGACCUCCUCAUGAGUGGCAGGUUUACAAUUCAUUAGGUGGUAGUCAUGGUGUUCCACGAGUUCAUUACAAGGGGCGGCAAGGUGAUUACUAUGUUAUGGUCAUGGAUAUGCUUGGCCCCAGUCUAUGGGAUGUAUGGAAUAACAACUCACACUUGAUGUCUGUUGAAAUGGUGGCGUGUAUAGCAAUUGAGGCUAUCUCCAUAUUAGAGAAGAUACAUUCUCGAGGUUAUGUGCAUGGUGAUGUAAAACCUGAGAAUUUCUUGCUUGGCCCCCCCGGAACUCCUGAUGAAAAAAAGCUGUUUCUGGUUGAUCUUGGAUUAGCAACCCAUUGGCGUGAUACUUCAACUGGCCUUCAUGUUGAGUACGAUCAACGUCCAGAUGUAUUUAGGGGAACAGUUCGAUAUGCUAGUGUGCAUGCUCAUCUUGGGAGAACAGGUAGCAGGAGAGAUGAUUUGGAAUCUCUGGCUUACACGCUAAUCUUCCUUCUUCGUGGCCGGCUACCUUGGCAAGGAUAUCAGGGAGAAAAUAAAGGUUUUCUUGUCUGCAAGAAGAAGAUGGCUACCCCCCCAGGAACUUUAUGUUCCCUUUGUCCUCCACCUUUUCGGCAGUUUGCUGAGUACAUAGUGAAUUUGAAGUUUGAUGAAGAACCAAAUUAUGCAAAAUAUAUACCACUUUUCGAUGGAAUUGUUGGUCCAAAUCCAGACAUCAGACCAAUAAACACAGAUGGUGCUCAGAAGCUUAUAUAUCAGGUUGGACAUAAGAGAGGAAGAUUGACCGUGGAAGAGGAUGAUGAUAACCAACCAAAAAAGAAGGUCAGAAUGGGAAUGCCAGCAACACAAUGGAUUAGUGUGUACAAUGCUCGCCGACCAAUGAAACAAAGGUACCAUUACAAUGUUGCUGAUGUCCGGCUAUCCCAACACAUUGAGAAGGGAUAUGAGGAUGUACUACUUAUCAGCAGUGUAGCUUGUUGUUCUAACCUUUGGGCACUUAUUAUGGAUGCUGGCACUGGUUUCACUGCACAAGUUCAUCAACUCUCAUCCUACUUUCUUCCCAAGGAAUGGAUUAUGGAACAGUGGGAAAAUAAUUAUUACAUUAGUGCCAUAGCAGGAGCUAAUAAUGGGAGCUCGUUGGUUGUAAUGUCCAAAGGGACCCAAUAUUUACAGCAAUCCUAUAAAGUGAGUGAUUCAUUUCCGUUCAAGUGGAUCAACAAGAAAUGGAGAGAAGGAUUUUACGUCACUGCUAUGGCCACUGCUGGAAAUAGAUGGGCAAUUGUUAUGUCCCGUGGUGCUGGAUUUUCAGACCAGGUUGUGGAACUUGAUUUCCUGUAUCCUAGUGAAGGUAUUCAUCGAAGGUGGGACAAUGGUUACCGGAUCACUUCAACUGCUGCUACAUGGGACCAAGCUGCUUUGGUUCUUAGUGUUCCAAGAAGAAAACCAGCUGAUGAAACUCAAGAGACACUCCGUACAUCUGACUUUCCUGGUACUCAUGUCAAGGAAAAAUGGGCAAAGAACCUCUAUAUUGCAUCUAUUUGCUAUGGGAGAACAGUUUCAUGAACUAUGAAGUUGUUUGAAAUUUCAGCUUUACAUCAUUUUGAUUUCUCGCAUCAUACUGCCUGCUCUUACAUCUUCCACUCUGGGAACUGGAGAUCCUCUCUCUUACAAGUUCUUUGAACAAAGCAGUUCAGCAUUGAUGUAUGCUAAACCUUUCUUUAUGGUCUCCAUCACUUAUCGUAUGAUGCAAUACCUGUGCACUGUAUUCAACUGUAUCAUAAUGCUUAUGAGCAAAUUUAGACCUUUAUUGUCUAUUGAGAUGAGUCUUCUGAUAGUAAGUUUGUAGAGAUUUGAACAAUAAUUACUGUGUUGAAGGCAUGUUUGCAGGCUAGGCUUUUAUUAUUGAUAGUAUUUUGCAAAUAUGCAACUUCCAGUGAGAACUGGAUAUUUUGAGCUGCACAACCUUGUACUUAAACCUCUUUUCUCUUUUGACUUAAACUACUUCUGGCCUCUUGGAUGUCUUGAGUUUGACCGUAACCUUAAAGAUGGAAAAACAGACUCUGGGAGCAGUAUGUAACUAUUUAACUUUUGUAAUCACAGUAUUUUUUUUUCGUGAUAAUUAUAUUUUUAUAUUCAGUUACAUUCAACUUGGUUUUUGACAGACCACAAUGCCAUCAUUUUAUUUAUGUAGAAGCCACCCUAGCAGGAAAAUGCUUUUGUUGCUGUAGGCCUGUAGUUACUUCCAAUUCUUUCUUCCUUUCUUUCUUUCCGGGUUCAUCUCAUUAAAUGUAAACAGGGUAGUGAUCAUGCUCAACUUUUAUUUUGAUGCUGUGCUUUUGACAAUUUUGUUUUGCUCUCAGAAUGUAAAUUUAUAUAAAUCUCUUUUGGGUGAACAUGAAUUAUUUAAACUUUACCACAAAAGCUUUAGUUUGGAAGAGUAUGGUAUCUACAGGUGUCAUUCUUUGUAGCAUAUGAUUGUUUUAAGAGAGGAGCCAUGUGAGCAUGCUCACUUUCUAGGUAUUGCAAAUGAUAGCCAUCUAUCUGCUGCUUAUGUGACUCUGGCAAUUACAUCGCUUCAUUGUUCUAACCGCAUUUUUCUCAUAGUAUCGAAAAUCUGCAUUGUCUCCUGGUCAGUCAUUCUAAAUGACUGGGUGCUAAUUUUGUUAAUUGUUUCUACAAUUAUGCAUGGCGGAAUUCAUUCUUUAUUCUGAUGAGCAGUUGGCAAUCUCGGAAGCUCAGCUGUUGUGAUACUGUUUACACUUUUUUUGUGCCUGAUCAUUAUUGACUUGUAUAUCCCGAGUUUACCAUAACAUCUGGAGCAGAUAUGCCUUUAUAUCGAUGAAACAUUUGAUGUUCAUUUGGCCUGACGGCACAGAGUUUCAGUUCCUGACAGGUGGUAAUUGUUUUCUUUGCUUGUUUAUCUCGUUAUCUGUUAUUUUAUUCACAUUUCUCUCUCAAUAAAAUCUAAGGUUCUUUGGAUACUUAAUUCAAGUUCAGUGGCAAUGGCUGUGGUAACUCGGAGAUUUGUACAUGUUGGUUCAUACCGUGAUUAUGAUUUUGGAGCAACCCAUAUUUUGGUGAAAGCUGUUCAAGGAAAUGGAGCUUUUGGAUCUGAAGCUAACUUCAAUUUGAGAUAUUUUAAAUUGUCAGAAAACUACCAUAUUUUGAAUAUGCAAUCAAUAUCAGCUAGUUUUCAUUGUGUUUGAGGUUCAAUAGAUUUGCCUCCAUUAGGAGGUGUAAUGUUGGUAUGGGUAAUUCUUGAAUGUUGGCUGGGGUUCAUGUUCAAUUGUUUUGAUAUUUCAUUUGUGCUUUAAUGGUCCUGCUUUUGGUAACGUAAUAAAAUGUAGA